AGAGAGGUACCAUUGUCCCCGAUCACUCCGCGAAGCCCAGUAUGCACCUACACCACUACUACAUGCACUGAGCUGAUGAUGUGUCGCGAACUGGUACAGUAGUGCAUCUAGCCUAGCCAAAGAAUCCAUACAUGUACACGCACUGCACAGUUCAUUUGUUUACUUCGUGAGGACCUGUUACAUUUGCCGUCUGGACUUUACUGGAGCUAAUACUUGACAAUUUUAACCUGGUUUUACCAGUUUCUAACGUUUCCUCGAGGAUUUUGAAGGUGCACAGCCGCAAUAUGGGAACGGACAAGAAGACAAUCGAGGCGGAGGAGAAGGAUGCAAAAGUGUACAAAUCUUUCAAGCAACGCAAAACAUUUAGUCAAAGGAAAGAGGAGGUUGCAGGCAUCAGGGCGAAAUUUCCAAACAAAGUUCCAGUGAUUGUUGAAAGGUACUACAAAGAGGUUCAGCUUCCACUGCUAGACAAGACAAAGUUUUUAGUCCCACAAGAACUCACAAUGAGCCAAUUUGUUACAAUAAUCAGAAAUCGAAUGCAACUCACAGCCACUCAGGCCUUCUACCUGAUAGUCAACAACAAGAGUCUGGCGAGCAUGUCUACCACUCUAGCAGAGAUCUACAGAGACGAGAAAGAUGAGGAUGGUUUCCUCUACAUGGUGUAUGCUUCCCAGGAGAUGUUUGGUUGCUGAGAGACCGCAUCCGACCAUAGCUCAUCCCGGGAUGAUCACGUUGCUUUCCACUCGCCUUUAUGUCUUAUUCCAAAUAUUUAUGUACUAUUCUAUUUUUCAUCAUUGUAAUUUUUUUGUUCUCCAAUUUUUUGCCUGAAGAUGUGCGGAUGGAGAGAAAAUCUCUUAUGAACACUGAAUGCCAAAGUGCAAAGCGAGCAAGAAAUGUGUGUAUGAAUAUAUAUGUAAUUGUAUCUGUCGUACGUGUAGGUGAAUUAAAGGGGUAUUGCUGGACUUUAAUAAUACAAUAUCAUGCUGGAAAUAGAAAGAGCUAGGUCAUACAAUAUGAAAGCUAAUGAGCGAUAUAACAUCACAGAAAAGAUCAUGAGUACCGGUACGGUACAUGAAGAUGUACAUGUAUGUCUUGUAUGAUCAACUCAUGCAUUGGUAAACUCAUGCUAAGGUACUAUGUAAAUAUGAAUUUUCAAACUUGAUCCUGGCCACCAUGUUUGUAUACCAUUUAGCAUCAUAUGACUAUAACUGUAUUUACUAUAACAUGUAUAUGGAUAUAUACAAGUCCACCAGCUGCUGUAUUAUGACUGCUGUGUGGACGUUGUGCCAAAUGGCCUCUGUGUUGAACAAUUUAUCCAAAAAAUUCAUACUCCACCUACUUUCAACAUGUAUUACCAUUAUGUGUACAACAAUGUCAAAUUUAUUGUUCACUGCAUGUACACAUUGCAAUUUAAAUUGGUAUGCAAGCCAGAAAUAUAGAAAAGGUCAAGCCUAAUCAGCAUUAUAACCAUUUAAACAAGAAAGGUACUGGUAAGUCUGGUAGGUUCUGUAAUUUUCUGUUAUAGCAAGAAUAUGUCUACAUGUAAUGUACAUGUAUGUAUAGGAAAAGGUCAAGUUGUAACCAAUAUGAUAAUUCAGUUAGUGAAGUUUACCGCUUACAUGUAGGCCUGCCUAUAAGUUAGUCAGUUUUGUAGUACAUGUACACUGUAAAUGUACAUGAACGUGAACGUAUAUAGCAGACCUUUUUUCCUUGCUCUGUAAUUCAUGAGAACAUAAAUUUUGACUCUAACAUAAGAAAAGGAUUAGAAAGACACCUGCUCAUGUGCCUUUCUUUUUCUUGACUCUUAAAGGUACUAUUUGAUAUUUUGACAUACCGGUAGUUUGUAUCUAUAGUGCUGGAAAAGAAAAAUAUGAACAAGAAUGUCAGGAA